GAGGGAGCCUCAGUUUUCUCAUUUAUCAAUCAGGCUCUAGAGUUCUCUCCUUACAGAGAGGGGACCAGGCUUGAACACCCACAGUGUGCAGCGAUUCUGGUGCCCUCGGAGAAACCCGGCAAACAGACGGGCGCACAGGGGAACACGUGCGUCACGCCCGCCAUUGUGCUCUGCGUCUUAAUCCUCAUCAGGACCAGGCAGGUAGGUUCCAUUGUCAUCCCAUUUUACAGACUGGGAAACUGAAGCACAAAGCGAUUCAGUCCCCUGUCCAAGGUCCCACGCCUAGACCGAGCCUGAGUCUGGGUCUGAACUCAGACGGUCUCCACCCCCCCGGUCCAUCUUCAGGACCCGACACCCAGGCGUUACAGACCGAACUUGCGCCUGGGAGCCGCCCCUCGCCCAGUUCCCUGACUCCUGGGGGCCCAGUCCCCACCGUUGUCACGACAACCGGGGACCAAUGGGGAGCAGGCAGGCAGGAGGAGGCCCCGCCCUGGCCCCGCCUCUGGCGGAGGGCUCCGAGCUAUAAGGUCCUGAGGCCGAGCGGCAGGAGUCCAGGCCCGCGGAGCGCCAGGCGCGCACGGAAUUCCGAGUGUCCAGAGCGCGCAGAAUCCCAGAGCCGCGAAGGGCGCAAGCAGCAGCCACGAUGUGCGGAAUCUUCGCCUACAUGAACUACAGAGUCCCCCGGACGAGGAAGGAGAUUUUCGAAACCCUCAUCAAGGGCCUGCAGAGGCUUGAGUACAGAGGCUAUGACUCGGCAGGUGUGGCAAUCGAUGGAAAUAAUAAUGAAGUCAAAGAAAGACAUAUCCAGCUGGUCAAGAAAAGAGGAAAUGUCAAGGCUCUUGAUGAAGAACUUUACAAACAAGACAGCAUGGACUUGAAGGUGGAGUUUGAGACCCACUUUGGCAUUGCCCACACGCGCUGGGCUACCCAUGGGGUCCCCAAUGCUGUCAACAGCCAUCCACAGCGCUCAGACAAAGGCAACGAGUUUGUUGUCAUCCAUAAUGGGAUCAUCACAAAUUACAAAGACCUAAGGAAAUUUCUGGAAAGCAAAGGCUAUGAGUUUGAGUCAGAAACAGACACAGAGACCAUCGCCAAGCUGAUUAAAUACGUGUUUGACAACAGAGAAACUGAGGACAUUACGUUUUCAACACUGGUCGAAAGAGUCAUUCAGCAGCUGGAAGGUGCAUUCGCGUUGGUUUUCAAGAGCAUCCACUACCCGGGAGAAGCUGUUGCCACCAGGAGAGGCAGCCCCCUGCUCAUUGGAGUGCGCAGCAAAUACAAGCUUUCCACGGAACAGAUCCCCGUCUUGUACAGGACACGCAAUUUCGAGAACGUAAAGAAGAUCUGCAAAACAAGAAUGAAGAGGCUGGACAGCUCAACCUGCCUUCAUGCCGUGGGCGAUAAAGCAGUGGAAUUCUUCUUUGCUUCUGACGCAAGUGCUAUCAUAGAACACACCAACCGAGUCAUCUUCCUCGAGGAUGACGACAUCGCCGCAGUGGCUGAUGGGAAGCUCUCUAUUCACCGGGUCAAGCGUUCAGCUAGUGAUGACCCAUCUCGAGCCAUCCAGACCUUGCAGAUGGAACUGCAGCAAAUCAUGAAAGGUAACUUCAGUGCAUUUAUGCAGAAGGAGAUCUUCGAACAGCCAGAAUCAGUUUUCAAUACUAUGAGAGGUCGGGUGAAUUUUGAGACCAACACAGUGCUCCUGGGCGGAUUGAAGGAUCACCUGAAGGAGAUUCGACGAUGCCGACGGCUCAUCGUGAUUGGCUGUGGAACCAGUUACCACGCCGCAGUGGCUACACGGCAAGUUUUGGAGGAACUGACUGAGCUCCCUGUGAUGGUUGAACUCGCCAGUGAUUUUCUGGACAGGAACACACCUGUGUUCAGGGAUGAUGUUUGCUUUUUCAUAAGCCAGUCAGGUGAGACCGCAGAUACCCUCCUGGCAUUGCGCUACUGUAAGGACCGUGGGGCCCUGACCGUGGGCGUCACCAACACCGUGGGCAGUUCCAUCUCCCGAGAGACCGACUGCGGUGUCCACAUCAACGCAGGACCAGAGAUCGGCGUGGCCAGCACCAAGGCUUAUACCAGUCAGUUCAUCUCCCUGGUGAUGUUUGGUUUGAUGAUGUCGGAAGACCGCAUUUCACUGCAAAACAGAAGGCGAGAGAUCAUCCAUGGUUUACAGUCUUUACCUGGGCUGAUUAAGGAAGUGCUGUCGCUGGACGAGAAGAUUCAUGACCUGGCCCUGGAGCUCUACACCCAGAGGUCACUCCUGGUCAUGGGACGGGGCUAUAACUAUGCCACAUGCCUGGAAGGAGCCCUGAAAAUUAAAGAGAUAACCUACAUGCACUCAGAAGGCAUCCUGGCGGGGGAGCUGAAGCACGGACCCUUGGCACUGAUUGACAAGCAGAUGCCCGUCAUCAUGGUCAUCAUGAAGGACCCUUGCUUUGCCAAAUGCCAGAAUGCCCUGCAGCAGGUCACAGCCCGCCAGGGUCGGCCGAUCAUACUGUGCUCCAGGGACGACACUGAGAGUUCCAAGUUUGCGUAUAAAACGAUCGAGCUGCCCCACACAGUGGACUGCCUCCAGGGUAUCCUGAGUGUGAUUCCGCUGCAGCUCCUGUCCUUCCACCUGGCUGUUCUCCGAGGAUAUGACGUCGACUUCCCCAGAAAUCUGGCCAAGUCUGUAACAGUGGAAUAGAGAACAAGAGCCCGAGAAGGCCAUCGCCACCUGCAGUGUGGUUCAAGGCCUGUCCCGGUGACAUCAAGUGAGAAGAACAGCAGGCGUUCUGUGUGUUCCAAGUAGAUCCCAGUAGAACUUGACAAGCUUUCACGUGCCUUGUACCCAAGUGCUUUGCUCACAGCAGAUACUGUUUCUCUGUGUCCUGAAGUCGCCAGAGGAGAAGGGAAUCAUUGUUUACACAUGGGGAUCAGAGCGGACUUUUCCACUACUGUGCAAUAGAGACACAGCUCUCUUCAGAGUAACUGUGAACCUUUUUGUAACCAACGCUAGUUAGUUUUGAAAGACAAAAUAUUUAUAAUGAUGAUUGUAUAGCUUUUAAGUUAUUUUUCUAGUAUGUGGCUUUCUGUAGCCAACGUAAUGCCCAGACCCAUGCACCCCAGCCUCCUGGCAGAGGGCAUUCAUCUCAGAUUUGAGCACAAGGCAUUGCCUCCCUGCACUCCUCUCUCCUCUCCUGUCCUCUCUUGGCUGCCCCUGAAUCCCAGUCCCCUGACGUCAGGGAAGCCCUCCCACCAUUUCCCUGUGCCUCCUGUAAAUCCUUUCAAAAUCUCAAUGUCCUUUGACAGAUUCUUCUCCUAUAAAUCCCUCUGACUCUCCAACUUCUGUUAAAUUUGAUCAUGGUUCUUUUUAAGCCCAGGCAGCAUUUUUGGUCCCUGCUUCUUCCUAUAGUAAAACAGCUUGAAAUAUCCCGUGCAAGAAAGUAGUUUUCAAGUGGGCUAUCUUGCCCUCUGUUUAAAAGCGUGCACAAUCAAGAUACUAUGCAAUUUUAAGACAAUAAAGACAGUACAAUUCUU